AUGGAGAGAUUCACUCCAUUAUCCUGUUCUGGUCUGUUGAGACAACCACAUGAAAACCAAAAAGUUUCUGUGAUUGCUAUUGUUGGCAUUGGUGGUUUAGGGAAGACAACUCUUGCUCAGUUGGUGUAUAAUGACUUGGAAGUGCAGAACUCUUUUGAAAUGCAAAUGUGGGUGUGUGUCUCUGAUAACUUUGAUGUGAAAACUAUUCUGAAGGAAAUACUAGGAUCAAUUACGGGUGACCAAGUUGAAGACAAGUUAUCAUUAGGCAACUUGCAAAGAAAACUUCACCAAAAAAUAAGUGGCAAGAAAUAUUUGUUGGUCCUAGAUGACAUUUGGAAUGAGAGACAUGACAAGUGGGCUGAAUUGAGAAAGUACCUAAUGUGUGGCGCUCAAGGUAGCAAGAUUUUAAUGACAACUCGAAGUAAAAAUGUAGCAAAUGCAAUGACCGCUAGCACUUCCUAUCCCUUGAAAGGUUUGACUGAUGAGGAAUCUUGGAGUUUGUUGAAGAACAUUGCAUUUGAAGGUGAUUCUAAAGGAGUAAAUCAAAAUCUAGAAUCAAUGGGAAAAGAAAUAGCUAAGAAUUGUAAAGGGGUUCCACUGGCAGUUAAAACGCUGGGAGGCCUGUUACGAGAACAAACUCAAGAAAAAGAAUGGGAGAAUGUUUUACGUGGUGGCUUCUGGAAAUUAUGUGAAAAGCAAGAUAGUAUCAUGCCAAUUCUAAAACUCAGUUACCACAACUUGUCGCCAGAAAUGAGACAAUGUUUUGCUUACUGCUCUUUAUAUCCCAAGGAUUCAAGAAUUCCAAAGAAUGAGUUGAUUCAGUUAUGGGUGGCACAGGGUUACCUUGAAUGUUCAGCUGAAAAACACCACAUGGAGAUGGAAGACAUUGAGGCUGAAAGUGAUGAACACGGCGAGAUCAUUAGUUUCAAAAUGCAUGAUUUAAUGCAUGAUCUUGCAAGGCUUGUUGCUGGCAAUGAUUUCUGUUACUUGGAUAGUAAGGCGGAAAAGGUUGAAGGUAGUCCCAUGCACGUAGCUUUGGAGACGGGGGCCAUUCAUUUAUUGGAUUCAUUGAAUGCAAGCAGACUGCGAACUUUGAUGUUGCCAUGUAAUUGCAAUUUUGAAGAGGAGGAAGUGUCUUUUGUUGCAAAUUUGAAAUACUUGCACGUCUUAGAGAUAUCAGAUUUUUCUUUUUGCAAAUUGUCUAAUUCAAUUGCAAAAUUGAAGCAUUUAAGAUAUCUUCGUAUUUUUGGUUAUCGCUCCUGGGAUGGGAUGUCAGUUGGGUUGGGAAAAUUGUGGUCGCUGCAAUUCUUACCAGACUUUGUUGUGGGAGAUAGCAAAGAAACAAAAUAUGGCACACUAAAUGAAUUGAAAGACUUAAACCACAUAAGGGGCGAAUUAAGAAUUAAUCAUCUCAACCGUGUGAGAGACGUGGCUCUGGAAUCACAGCAUGUAAAUUUAAAAGAGAAAAAGUUCCUUCGAUCCUUGACUCUGGAUUGGUCGGAUGAAGACACCUUCAACGGUGACAGCUCACAGUUAUUAGAAAACCUUCAGCCCCACCAUAAUCUUGAGCGAUUGCAGGUGAACUUUUAUCCAGGCGUGCGUUUCCCAAAUUGGCUUUCUCUCCUCACAAAUGUUGUUCACAUCACUCUCUUUUAUGUUCGUAAAUGCCGCUGUCUCCCACCGUUGGAACGUCUCCCGUCGCUGAAGUCACUUGAGAUAAGCUAUUUUGAUGAAUUGGAAUACAUAUAUCUUCCUGAAGAUGGUUUUGGAGUAAACUUUUUCCCCUCUUUGGAGAGCCUCAAAUUAGUGUGGUGCUCUAAUCUCAGGGGAUGGCGGAGGCUGAGAGAUGAUAUCAAUGAUUCUCGUAAUCUCUCUUUACCUCUUUCAUUUCCUCAUCUUUCUCAACUAGGCGUCUAUGACUGUCCACAGUUGACUUGCAUGCCUACUUUUCCAAAUCUUAAGGAUUUAAAAUGGUGUCAAUGUAGUGCGGAGCCAUUAACAGAAACACUAAACACAACGCCAACAUUUUCAGUUGACUCAUCUUCCUCAGCUGCUCCUCUUUCCAUGCUCAAAGAAUUGACGAUUUCUGAUCCUAUGAAUUUACCACAGGGUUGGAUGCAAAAUCGGACUUCACUCGAGUUUCUUACAAUUCAAUGGUGUGACAGUGAAACACUUGAAGAAUUUGAACCUGGGUUUAAGUACAACACCAACUGCCUUCCGGCCCUGCGAAAAAUCAACAUAUGUUGGUGUAAAAGGCUAAAGGCUUUGCCAGAUUGGAUUUGCAACCUCUCAUCUCUUCAGGAGAUCACAAUCUCAUACUGCCGAGAUUUGGCAUCUCUGCCCGAAGGAAUGAGUCGUCUUACCAACUUAAAGACUUUUGAGGUUGAUAAUAGUUUCCUCUUACUUAAAGAAUGCCAAAGAGAGACAAGUGCUGUUAGUCGCCAAAUUGCACACAUCCCAGAAGUUAUCCUUCAUGAAUGA